UCAGUUUUCUCUGUUCCCCCAGAGAGGCCGGGUCACCUGUACCUUAUCUCUGCUCUGAGGACAAACUGGCAGAAAGAGGAGAAAAGAGGCAGAGACGCGCGUAAUUCCUCUGUGCGUCUUUGCCGCGCAAUGCCUCACCUCUUCUGACCACCUCCUGCCGCUUUCCUUCUUGGAUGAACUUUCUCAGCGCCUGCGGGGACGCGGCCUCUGGCACUGAAAUCAUGAAGACGACGCGCAAAUGUCGCGCGCUGCUGUCGGUGGGUCUGAACCUGGUGGCCUUGUUCUUCUCCACCACCGCUUUCAUCACUACGUACUGGUGCGAGGGCACCCAGCGCGUCCCCAAGCCCAACUGUAGCAAGCAGCGGCGCCACAACUGCAUCGACUACGGCGUGAACGAGACUGAUCAGAACAAGGUGCACUACAGCUGGGAGACCGGGGACGACCGUUUCCUCUUCCGCCGUUUCCACACCGGCAUCUGGUAUUCGUGCGAAGAGAACAUCCACGAAGCAGGUGAGAAGUGUCGGAGCUUCAUUGAUCUGGCCCCGGCAUCGGAGAGAGGUGUGUUGUGGCUGUCAGUGGUGUCAGAGGUGCUCUACAUCCUGCUGCUGGUGGUCGGCUUCAGUCUGAUGUGCUUGGAGCUUUUCCACUCAAGCAACGUCAUUGACGGACUCAAACUGAAUGCCUUUGCCGCCGUCUUCACCGUACUCUCCGGUCUUCUGGGUAUGGUGGCCCAUAUGAUGUACACUCAGGUGUUUCAGAUCACAGUCAGUCUAGGUCCUGAAGACUGGAGGCCUCACAGCUGGGACUAUGGCUGGUCCUUCUGCAUGGCCUGGGGGUCUUUCACCUGCUGCAUGGCUGCCUCUGUCACCACCCUCAACUCCUACACCAAGACGGUAAUUGAGUUCAGACACAAACGGAAGCUGUUCGAGCAGGGCCUACGAGAGGAGCAAAACUACCUCGACAAGGAGGCUUUCCACUAUUUCCAGGAUCAUUCCCUCCAGUCCAUCUCCAGCACUGUGGAAGUCUACCCUGGCCAAAGUGGAACCAGAUCUGGGCUUAUUGUUGGGGGCCCAGGUACUGGUCCGGGUCCAGGUCCUGGGCCGGGCAGGGGCAAGAUGAGAGCAACAUCAGCCUCCUUAGACCUUGGAGAGAAUACAGACUCUCUAGGGGAGGAGCAAUGUUGAUUCACCCAUAGGAAUGGGUGGGUCAUGUGGUAUGAGGCUUGAUGAAAUGAGGAGGCUGACUGCACUUUUAGGUUUAGGCCUGGCCACUGGCAGCCAUCUUUAGUUUCUGUUUGAAGAAAAUGAUUACAGACUUGAUGAAAAGAAAUGUGGACGAGGCAAAUAAAUAAAAUUCAAUGGCUGUGUUGUGAAAAUCAUUAUAAAAAGUGAAAAACAGACAGAUCUCUCACUUUGAGUUCUGUGAGUCUGUUGAUGGAAAUUAGGUAUUCUUCAGCAUAUUCAAGGUGCUGUGUGUAGUAUUUUACCACCAAUACUAAAUCUCAAUUUUGAGACAUUAGAGCCUAUGCAUGUAGGUUUUGCUCAAUAGCUGUUGUGGCCUGAAGAGGCAAUUAAAAGUUAAUGAAUGAAUGCUAAACAACAGCAUAACAGUUGCCCAAGUCAUGAACAGUUAGUGAUUUGACUCAGUAACAUCAGUUAUACAGCAAUAUCUACAAUACAUUAUGUUGGCCACUGACUAUACCACACUGCACAAUAAAGCUGUAGUGGCAAAACCCUUGUGUGUGUUGAAUUGACAGGGUGUAUUCAUUCAC